AUGCUCCACCAUGCCAGUAUCCCUUCCACGGGUCACGACCACCUUAACGGCUGCUGUGAGCAGGCUCAGCUGCACCGAGUGGUCUUCGUCGUGCAUGGUUUCCGCCAUGUUUGCGAGGUACUCAGCCGCGUCUGGGAUCUUCGCUGCGUAUUGGCCUAUGAUCCAGAUCAGCGCGGCUUUCGACUCGACGGCGUGCAGGUACUCGCCGUCGGCGCACAUGGAGAAGAGCUCUAUGUUGAACAUGUGCGGGUACGCGCGCAGCAAGUCGCGGUAUACGAUGGUGCACUCCUCGGUGAGGUGCGACGCCCGGAGCCUCAGCAGCUCGUUGAGGGUGGUGCCACAGGCCGACAGCGCAGCCUCCAGGCGGACACCCAGCGACCCUAUAGCCCGUACAGCCCUCCUCACGAAGUCAUGGUCGAUGUCUGUGGCGUACUCCGACAGCUCUGCCAGUAUCUUCUGGAAGUUGCUGGUCGUGGCAAGUCGCACCAUGAUCUCCAGCUUCUCGAUACGGACGUACAAAGGGUCGCGGCUCUUGCAGAAGAAGGCGCGCACGUGUCCCUCAAGCAGCCUGGGCCACUUUUCGAUGAUCACGAGGAUCGAGCGCAGCGCCACGUACUGGAUCUCCGGGUCCAGCGACGCCAGCGUCACCAGCGGCGCGGCCAGCUUGCCCUGCAGGACGCGUAG